AUGGACAUUGAGCAGCACCGCUCACACCUGGCAUCGCCCAUUACAAAUUCUCACCCAACUCUCUCUUUUCCCACACCUACUUCUUUUACCUCGACUCCCAUACAACGGAAACUCGUCAUUCAUGAGAUGCCAUCCAAAUCCGUCAACAACAUGAACUUGCAGCAGAGCUUCUCCUCUGUUGCCGAUGCCCUAGAGGCUGAAGACACCAUGUCUGAUAUCAUCCCACAGCAACCUUCGACUUCCACCCGCGCCGCCCCAACCAGUACCCGAGCUCGUGGAGGCCGCGGUCGUGGCGGCUCCCGCGGAGGCAGAGGUCGUGGUGGCAAGUCAUCACAACCGAAAGCUCCCGCCGGUCGCGGUCGUCGUCAGAAACUUUAUGAGGACAGCAAAGUACAAGCUGCCCACGAGAGAGCGCAGGAGCUGAAGCAGGCCUGGGGCGUGCUCUCCAAGUUAGUCAAGCCAGCAGCCCAAGAGAUCGCCGACAGGUCGAUCAAUCAGCUUCUUGAAGACCCUGGUGUCGUUGAGAGAGUACCCGAAUUCGACGUCGCUCAAAAGUUCCUGAAGCAGCGAUACGAAGACACGCUCAGCCAGAAUGAUCGAAUUCUCGAGAUGAGCCGUCAGAUGGCCCAGCGUGUUUAUGAAGGCGAGGUCGAAGCAGCCAGAGCUUCAUAUGCCGUAAGUUUUCAUCUUUACUUCCAUACACACAGCAUUCACUAA